GUUGAAUCAUUUAAAAAUAAAAUACAAAAACAAAAAUGACAAAAUUAAUGGAAUGGCUGUUUGGAUUUUCAAUAUUAAGUGCAAUUUGGUUAACACUUGUUACAAAGAAAAUAGAAAAUGAUUUUACUAGAAAUAAUCCUGAACUAAUAUUAAUAUCACCAAUAAUUUUAAUAGGAUUAUUUGGAAUAUAUGCAGUUACAGUUGUCUUAUAUCGUGUAUUUACGUUUAAUAAUUGUGAAAAAGCUGCUGAAGAAUUACAGAAACAAAUUGCCGAAGCAAGAAAGGAUUUACUUAGUAAAGGAAUUGCACUUACUCAAUAAUUAAUAGUGAUGCUAAUAAAAUUAAAUUUUAUAUUUUAA